GCAAACAUAUGUUGUUUGAUUUUAUUUGUGAGCCCUUUACGAACAGGCAUUAAAUACUCUUGGUCGCUGAGCGGGACCGUUCAUGACGUAAACCAAUUUAGCGGGCACAUCAGCCUAGCUUCGAUCAAGUUGUUUUCUAAGGAUAUCCACUGUUGGAGAUGCGAGCGGUAAUCCCUUUGGUGGUAGUUGCAGUCCCUAUGGGUGUACUGCUGUCCCGGACCAUGGCUUGGAUGUCCAGUGGCAAAACGCAUCCAGAACUCAUCAGCCGCCUGAGGGAUCAUGGGGUGAUCCGCAACGACAGAGUCUAUGAGGCCAUGCUGGCUACAGACCGAGGGCUUUAUUCUAAAGAUCACCCUUACGCCGACUCUCCUCAGUCCAUAGGGUACAGGGCUACAAUCAGUGCUCCACACAUGCAUGCCCAUGCUCUGGAGGUUCUCGGUGAUAAGCUAACGGAAGGGGCAUCAGCACUGGAUGUAGGUUCAGGAAGUGGUUAUCUCACUGCCUGCUUUGCAAGGAUGGUAGGGCCCAGUGGUAAGGUGGUGGGGAUUGAGCAUAUCAAUGAACUGGUUCAAAUGUCAGCGAGAAAUGUUCAAGGUGAUGACCCAGAACUGCUUUCCUCUGGGCGCAUAAAACUUGUAGUAGGAGAUGGGAGGCAAGGCUACCCAGAUGGGGCACCAUAUGAUGCCAUUCAUGUUGGAGCAGCCGCACCUACACUUCCCAAGGCUCUCUUGGAACAACUCAAGCCCGGUGGACGGUUGGUUCUGCCAGUAGGUCCAGAUGGUGGCAGCCAGGUCCUAGAACAGUAUGACCGCCAGAGCGAUGGAACUUUCCUCAAAAAAGCAUUGAUGGGAGUGGUCUACGUUCCUCUAACAGACAAACGGCACCAAUGGCCAGGAGGUGAGCUCUGACUGCAGUGUAAUUACCCCUGCAGGAGGUGGCGCUGGUGCUGCACCUUUGGGCCUCCAUAAAAUUCCGUGAGGUUUCAACCUAGUGGAUGGACUCCAGUGAAUGGGCAUGGCAUUCUUAUUAGCUUUUCACCUUGCAACAGCUUUGCUCGAUUUGGCUGAUAAUCUUGUCUUCCUGUUGCACUUAAAGAGUGAACAAGUGACAGACGGGUUAAACUGCUGGUUAAUUGGUUGUCUCAUGAUCAUACGACUGAGGCUCCUCGCUGAGAGACUGGAAUGGAACUGGAAUGAAACACAACUAUCAAAGUAGUUUUGACUGGAGGUCCUAGUAUACACUGAGGAAAUCUUAAUAAUAACAGCUAUGAUCCCCCCCCCACGUUUUGAAUGUUCAAUUACAUUUGUGUGCCAUCUUGUUAUCAAUGCAUUCAUUCAUAUAUUUAUAAAAUGUUGUGUUAACAUUCAAUUCACUCCUUUAAUUUUAAGAUUUGAAAUAUAACGAACCAGUUUCUAAUUUGGAAAGAUUUUAUAGCACACUUCUGUAUUUAUUUACAAUUACUGAAUUUAAUUUUUAACUUAAAAAAAUCUCCUAUAUGUUAAUCUCAAUAACAUCAAAUAAAUAUGGGCAUACUUAUU